AACUUGCCGCUGCUCCAUCCGUGCCGGAUGCCGUGUCUAUUUACCAUUUUGCCCGCCCCUCUCUGUCCGAUCUCUCUCUCUCUCUCUCUCUCUCUCUCUGAGAUAGUGAGCAGAGUAAUAACAUUGAUGAUCGAUCAACGAUUCGACGCCGAUCCAGAGUGAGAGGUUUUUUCGAGUGAACAAACAAGCUCUACGCCCAUUAGGUAGCUUGGAUCAGUGGAUGCAGGAGUCGUUCAUGGCGGUCCGGCUGGACCCGGGCUAUCUGAGGAUAGGGGUGACUCCUCCCCAAUUCAGCACUUCAUCACCAUCACCACCACCAUCUCCUCCUCAUCAACUCAUCAGCACCUCCCCCAAUUGGACCAUUGAUGUCUCAGAUGCAAGAACAAUCAAGGUCACAAACAUCUCCAUGUCGGCGACUGCUGACAACAUCAAGGAGUUCUUCUCCUUCUCCGGUGAGGUCGAAUACGUGGAAAUGCGAAGGGAAUCAGAGACAUCACAAGUUGCCUAUGUGACCUUCAAGGAGUUCCAUGGAGCAGACACUGCGCUGCUACUCUCUGGAGCAAGCAUAUCUGAAGCUUCAGUGAACAUUACACCAGUGGAAGACUAUGUGCUACCUCCAGAAGCCUACUUCUACAGACAGGACACGGGCUCGCCGAGGACGCCGACGGAGGCGGCGGUGAAGAAGGCGGAGGAGGUGGUGAGCACGAUGCUGGCCAAGGGCUUCGUGCUGAGCAAGGACGCGCUGAAGCGGGCGCGGUCGUUCGACGACCGGCACCAGCUGCUGUCGACGGCGAGCGCGCGGGUGGCGUCGCUGGACCGCCGGUUCGGGCUCAGCGACAAGUUCAGCGCCGGCGACGUCGCGCACGCGCGCGUUCAGGUCGACGCGCCGGCCUCGCCCGCGCACGCAGCGCGUGAACAACCAGAUGGCCACUACAAGAACAAGAUGAUGUAGCAGUUAAGCUAGGUGUCCUAAUAAUUCGAGUUCUUCUCUUCACCAGGUUAUUAAUAUCCGCGAGUUGUAAUAAUUAAGUUUCUUAAUUAGUACUAAUGGUUUACAUUAUUAUCCAAAAGUAAUGUAAUGCUAAUAAGUAAUUAGCAAUGGAGAUUAA